AUGGCUUCAGCAAAGUACCAGAAGCCUCCCCAGGCCCCUNNCCCCCUCUUCACCGCAACCACCGAGUCUCUCGCCAAAGACACCAAGCGCCUGCUAGACCAGUCCCGCCGCAUCCAAGACCAGAUCGUCAAGGACAUCACCCCCGAGUCGGCCAACUUCCACAAUGUCGUCCUUCCAAUGGCUCUCGACGACAACAAGAUGGCUAUCGAGUCACACAUCAUUGGUUUCUACUCUGCUGUUUCGACAGACUCCAAGUUGAGAGACGCCUCAAUCGAAGCCGAGAAACAGAUGGACGAGUUUGGCAUUGAGGCCAGCAUGCGCGAGGAUAUCUUCAAGCUUGUUGAUGCUGCUCUCAAGAACUCAAAAGAUCUGGACCCAGAAAGUCAGCGCUUGCUUGAGAAGGAUCACAAGGGCUUUGUCCGCAUGGGUUUGAACGUUCCUGCUGGACCCAAACGCGACCGCUUCAAGGACAUCAAGAAACGUCUGUCUGAGCUCAGCAUCACCUUCCAGAAGAACUUGAACGAAGAGCAGGGUGGUAUGUGGUUCACCGAGCAAGAGUUGGAAGGCGUGCCAAAGGAUGUUCUUGACGGCCUUAAGAAGGGAGAUGGCGACAAUGCUGGCAAGCUCUGGCUCACCUUCAAGUACCCCGACCUCUUCCCUACCUUGAAGUACUGCAAGAACCCCGACGUUCGCCGCAAGGUCUUCACCUCGAACGAGAACAAGUGCAACGAGAACGUGCCCCUCUUCAAGGAGGCCAUCGUGCUACGCGACGAGGCUGCCCGCGUCCUGGGUUACCCCAACCACGCCACCUUCCGCAUUGAGGACAAGAUGGCUAAAACUCCCAAGACCGUUGAUGACUUCCUNGGUGAUCUCCGCACCCGUCUCUCGCCUGGUGGUGUCGAAGAGCUCAAGAAGCUGAAGACGUUGAAAGAGAAGGACUUCAAGGAUCGUGGUGUUGCAGAGCAGAACGAUGGCAAGUACUACCUCUGGGACCACCGUUAUUACGACACUUUGAUGCUUGAGCACGAGUACCAGCUGGAGCAGGAGGCCAUCGCCGAGUACUUCNNCCCCCUUGAGACUACCAUUCGCGGCAUGCUGCAGAUCUUCGAGGAACUGUUUGGUCUUCAGUUCGUUCAAGUGACUGGCAAGGACCGCGAUUCAAUCAGUCCUACUGGCAAGGGCGACGACAUCAUCUGGCAUCCCGAUGUCCAAGUCUUCAGUGUCUGGGAUGACGAGGGCGAGGGCAGUGGCUUUGUUGGAUACCUCUACCUCGACUUGCAUCCCCGUGAUGGUAAAUACGGCCACGCUGCCAACUUCAAUUUGCAGCCUGGUUACAUCGACGAGGACGGCAAGAGAAGAUAUCCUGCCACCGCUUUGGUCUGCAACUUCUCGAAGCCUACACCGAAGAAGCCUUCCUUGCUCAAGCACGACGAGGUUGUGACUCUCUUCCACGAGCUCGGUCACGGUAUCCACGAUCUUGUUUCCCGCACAACAUAUUCUCGCUUCCACGGUACAUCUACUGCUCGUGACUUCGUCGAGGCUCCCUCUCAAAUGCUCGAAAACUGGUGCUGGACCGCUUCUCAACUCCGCAGCUUAUCUCAUCACUACAGCUACCUCUCCGACAGCUACAAGGCUGCAUUCUCAGAAUCGAACAAGUCGGGCAAGCAGCCUCCAGAGACUAUGCCCGACAACCUGAUUGACAGCAUCAUCCGUACACGCCAUGUCAACGACGCUCUUUUCAAUCUGCGUCAACUCCACUUUGGCAUUUUUGACAUGACUGUACACGAAGGCAAGUCCCAUGACGAAAUCAAGGGCCUCGAAGUCAGCAAGCUGUACAACUCUCUCCGCAAAGAGAUCUGUUCUCUCGACGGCCCUGAAGAGCUAGGCCAAGGUCUCGACUGGGGACAUGGUCAAGCCACCUUCGGUCACUUGAUUGGUGGCUACGAUGCUGGCUACUACGGCUACCUCUCGUCUCAGGUCUACUCUGCAGACAUGUUCUACACCGUCUUCAAGAAGGAUCCUAUGAAUGGCAGNGAAGGUAGACGUUACAGACACACUGUUCUGGAACGUGGAGGUGCUCAGGAUGAGAUGCAGACGCUUGAGGACUUUUUGGGCAGGAAGCCGAGUACUGAGGCUUUCUAUACUGAGUUGGGCUUGAACUAG